AUGACUAUUCAGCCAUAUCCCGAGAGCGAGCGACAUUGCAUAAGCCCUUAUGGACCAUCGCAGCCUUGUCUUCAGUAUACGAGAGAGCUCCGCUUUGAUCCUGGUGUCGACGCAGACCCGAAACGAUGUAUCCAUGCGAGUGACUGGCUUGGUUACAUGGGCAACUGGGCCGAGAAAGUCCCCCUUCAUCAGUAUACUUGGGAGGCUAGGGGCGAUAGCUUUGGGCUUGAGGGUGGAAAGCUUCUUCGCGUGAAGUUUGAGUGUCUUGCGCAGAGGGCUGUGAUAUUGCUUAACCGUUUCAAGGACGGGCAACUCGAAUCUUUCAGUUGGAACUAUACAUCGUGCAUACCCUCUGAGAUUCUCGAGAUUCUGAGUCUCAAGCAUUCCUCCAUCCAGAGUCUUAGCCUCGUCACGGACCCUUUCUGUAGCCGAUUCAACCGCUGGAGCCGAACAGCUGACAUAGACCUCUCGGCAUUUCAUAACCUUCGACGACUCAUCUGGAAAGCACCUAUGGGUUGUCAUUUUGACAACAUUGCUAACCUUGUUAAGGCCAAUGCGAGGCAGUUGGAGGAACUGGAAUUGGAGCUGCAGGGCUGGUCUCAAGAUCGAGAGAGUCGCGAGUCCACGGUGAUUCAUCACGAAGAUAACCCUGAAGUAUGGGAUAAGAUACCAGCAAGUACUAUGCUUUCUCGGCAGAUGUUUGGUCUGCAGGAGGCUGCUUCGGAAGCAGCUGAGCGGACAUGCUUUCCGAACUUGCGGAGUCUAAAAUUCACCCGGGUCCCUUUGAGAGAUGAGAACACUGGUAUACAGGUCACAGCUUCUUCCAUUAACCUUAAUGCUCUCAGGCAUCUGUCGUUGAGGAUGUGCGCGUACUGGAUGCCCUUCCUAUCUAGCAUCAUGGAAUCACAAACGCCACUUCAACUCAAUACUCUCGAAAUACUGGACUUCUGCCUGGAUACGCCGCACGAAACCGCAAAGAGCAAAGCCGCCACCAUCACUGAAUUUAUCGAUUCCUUCAAGGGACUCGAAGAACUUACCGUUAGUAUAUGCGGUCCGACGUCAUCUCUUCAGUUCUGGGAACAUGUCGCGGGCCAUGCGGCAAGUCUGAAAAGAUUUGUGUAUCAUCAGAGGAUCACGGACCAGGAUGAAGAGCUGUUGAACUCACGCUUGGGUAGAGAUUCAUCGGAUUUAGGGAUAUCGUCUGAGGACCGAAACUGUAUCCGGAAAGACCCUUCACAGAAUCCGCUUUCGAGACUCAACCUAGAUUUCAUUGGGUUGACAUGUGCACCGAAGUACCUUAAAGACAUUCUGCUUCCCUUCGUGUCCAAGCGGUCACUGAAAGUGCUUCACAUUCGACACACAGGAAUGAGUUCAGGUCCCAGUGCAUCCUGGGUCUUCAAUCACGCCCUAGAACUCAAGAUCACUGAAGGAGAGAAUGAAGGCGUGCCCAUCGACGACAAAACAAAGGCAGGCAGCUCACUCAACGGCGAUGCCGAAGAACAUGUUCGUCUUAGCCUCGAAGAGUUCGCAACCGCUGUGAGAGAGAGAAGAGAGUGGAAAACACCACCUUUGCAACAAAGCUUCCGAGAGUUUGCGAACUGGGCCUUUGGUUCAAAUGGGAUUAAGUCCCUAGAAUAUAUUGUCUCGGGUGACCUCUCUCAUGGGAAUAGGUAUUCGGCUAACAACGCCUUGAUAUGCAGAGUGGUAGGAGGGGAGAGGAGAUAUCGUGUCAUCAGUCAGGAGCGCGGAGGGCCGGAGUGGCGAGAUGUGAAGAGCAGAUAUGGAAGUGCAUUGGAGGCAUGUCCGGUUGAGAAUAUUGUUCCCGAGUACAACUAG